CUCUGUUACGAUUUUUAAAUCAGCGACCGUGACAUUUCCAUUCUUUGAAGCGGAGUAUCAGCUGGAACCAAUGAAUCGGAACGGAAAACUUGAAAUCCUGUCGUUCGGCCACGUGAGAGACAGCAGCCACUAAAUUGGCCUUAAUCUGCGGAAAGUACGCAACACUACGGCAGUGAACUGGCCACAACAGCUGCUCCGUGGCUCGCCGGAGAGAAAUAAUUCGCACAACUUGAGGUUUACCGAACAGAUCGCUUCAUAAGAAAAUGGGUUAUGGUGGUGAAAUUGGAUUUAGCAUGGAAAUCACUUCAUAUUCUCCCGUCGCGUCCGUGAUAGCGGUUUACUGUCUCAUGACUAUUGGAAUAAAUAUUUUCGUCUGUUACUACAUCUACCGCAAGAGGUGUCUUCGCACUUCAUGUACAGCACUGAUCGUGGCGAAUCUGGCUGCGGUAGACGUUUUGGUCUCGAUCAAAGAUUUGCCUCUCUUGAUCUCCGUGAGCACGACCGGAAGGUGGUAUUUCGAGGAACACUGGUGCCGGAGUUAUGGUCUCACCAAUGUCAUAUACAUUAUCGUGGCGAUUUCGACAUUGGUUACCAUUACGACUGAACAAUAUUUCCGAUUGACCGAGUCACAGAAAUCCCAGGGAAAUUCCUCUCGCUCUCUACCACUCGGUUACAUCAUUGCACACACAACACUUUCAUACUCGCUCUCCUUGUUGUGGAGCAAGUAUGUUUUCAUCAGUAGAAAGGCCUUUUGCGAGGUCGAUUGGCCGCCUUCCGGGUUAGGCUUCACUCUCAUUACAUCUUGCAUCUUCCUCAUCCCAGUCUCUCUUUUGAUCUACAACUUCUUCGGAAAUGACUCCGAAGACGACAAGAACUCGAGCGAAAAGGCGAAGCUAGUCAAGUUGGAGAGCGGAGAAAACGAGGAAAGCGACGAAGAUAAGGCUCAUAGUCGCCUGCAGCUCGCCAUUUGCACUUUCCUGGUCACGUGGUCUCCGUACGUGAUUGAGAGUUUUGUCACGUACUCGUCUGCGGUCCCAAACAUUGUUGGAGUCGUGUGCGCCUUUAUUCCGAUUGUAACCACGACUCUAAUCCCUCUGUGGUACAUUAAGUGGAGACGAACAGCUGACAAAGUGCAAUUAUUUUCUUCAUACCACAUCCAAAAUUGUUAGAUCUUGCUUAAAUGCUUGAGAAUGGCACGCAAAGUUUUCUGAUUCUUUCGAUCUCUAUAAUUGUUUCCUGGUCGCUAUCAUAAUUUGAAAUUUGAAGGUAAAAAUAUUAAUUGGGAGUUUGUACAGACCGUAAGGCAUCGUCUACACGUCUGACGUUUACUUUAUCCUCGGAAAAAAAAGUUGUUCAUUGAUGAAAUUCCGUCAAUAUCAGAUUAGGAAACCAUUUCGCAAAAUGUCUAUCACUACGGUUGUACAUUUGCCUCACUGGCCAUCGUGCGACAAGUUUUUUGAAUAGUUUUAGCCGUGAGUGGCUUAAGAUUGAAUUAAUUUUGAGAAUUAACUUCAGUGAAAUUGAAAAAGAGUUAAUUUUAUCGAAGCAUUAUUCUUUGAGAUAACUAAUUAAUAACUAUUGGCGGAAAGA